AUAAAGUAAUCCCGACUGUCCUUAGUUAAGUUCAAAAUGAGAAAAAAGACAAACUGGAAUGACCGUGUCAUUCUGUUGCCCAUAGUGUUCGUCUCCCUAGUUCUGUUCUACCAAGUGUUCUAUUUCUUCCUUUACGAUUCCAUCUUUUCAGGCCUGGACAGGAGUCUGACGAGAUACAAGAGAAAAUACGACAAAGUCAACAACGUUACUUACAAUUACCCCAUGAAUAAACUUUCGCACGAUGAUUAUCACACUCUCAUCCACAAACCUUUCGGAUUUAGGAUAUUGAAUCCAAACCAGUGCAACAGUUCCACAUUCCUCCUUAUUUUGGUCCAUUCUUCCCCUGGAAAUUUCGCUAAAAGAAGACUAAUCCGACGCACUUGGGGAAAAAAGAAGAAAAAUCGGUUCUUGGUUCUAUUCGCCUUAGGUACACUGGAACAUCCAAAGUUCCAGAAGAGAAUCCAUAGAGAAAACAAAAUCUACAAAGACUUAAUUCAAGGAUCCUUCAUAGACUCUUAUAAAAACCUAACCUACAAACACGUCAUGCUAUUCAAAUACGUUAUUUAUCAUUGUGAACAGGCAAAGUACGUAUUAAAAACUGACGAUGAUAUAUUUAUCAACGUGGAGGCUGUCGUAUCUUUCUUAGAAACAAAAGUUUCCCCUCGAGGAGCUAUCAAUUUCCUUCUAUGCCUGCCAAACAGCGAGAAGGUGAUAAGAAGCUUCAGAGGUGAUUACGCCAAAUGGAGGCUAUCCUACAAAGAUCAUCCAGAGAAGAAGCAUCCACCCAGUUGUGUCGGAAUAUUCCUUGUCUAUUCCAAGAACGUCAUUUUCGAGCUGUAUUUGCAAGCUCAAAAUUCCACAUUCUUCUGGAUUGACGACCUAUACGUCACCGGACAUUUGUUCAAGAAGCUCAAGAUUCAUCACGUCAACGCCAGACCGUACAUGGUCCAUCAGAAGGAGUUGGUGAAGAUGAUGCGUAGGGAUGAGAUCGAACCAUGGCCCUUCUUCUUUUCUGGGCCGGAUCUGAAUAGGAGUGAGAUGGAAUGGUUGGAUGGUUUUCUCAAUAAUCGUACCGAGAUUAUGACCAAUUGGGGGAAAUCUUAACAUUAGGGGUGUAAUUAAGAAAUAAACUAUGAUAUUGU